UGACUGAAUAUGCAGCUCUCGCGCUUUCCCCCAACUCGACUCAUCCUCCCCACCUGGCGUGGCUGCCGGCUAAUUAGCACCGAACGGUGGUUGUUAAUUGUUACAGAUGCUUGGCCUGUUCCGCUAACUCAGGAGUUCAGAGACAGCUGUUCCUCUCUCCCACGUGACUUAGGUGAAAAAUUCCUCUUCGUUGUUCCCCGUAAAAGGAAACCUAAUUAACUUAACCAUCCACGCGAUGCUGACCCGCCACUGGUUCGUCUGUCUGUCUGAAUGUCUGCCCGCGGCCGCACCAUCACCUAUAACUCACAAGCAUUCAUCGGUUAUUACAGGUUAUCGAUUUUUGUCUGGUUUCCCCCACAUUACAAGAGCAUCACAUUUUCCGGCUUAAUUCUGACCCAUAACCAUUGAAAAAAAAAAACGAAUUAAACAUUUCAACGCUAACUAUAAAUGCAUCUAUAGUUAUCGAGGUGGAGGAGACAGUUUUGGGUUAGGAAAUCGGCAAAUAUAAGAUCGAGCCUGCAUGAGUUUGACAAUCCGGCAACGUUGCUCGAUCGGGACCUCUAGACCUUGACAGAGGAUUGGUUGAUUGAUUGAUAUUUUAUUGUUGCAAGUAAACAACAAAGGAGAAGGGAGGAGCACGCCAUCCCAACCCCCAGGCAGAAGUACCAAAUGCAAAAUGAAAAGACCAAAGUAAGCUUAAGUGAAGUAAACAAAGGAAAAGAAAAUGGAAAAGCAAUUAAUUAAAGUAAACAGACAAACAGACCUCAGUGAAAGGAAAAAAAAAGCGAUACAAAAAUAAAAAGAUACAAAGAAGAAGAAGAAGCGAUGUAAAGAAGAUAAGCGAUAUAAAGAAGAUAAGCGAUACAAAGAAGAAGAAGAAGAAGAAGAACUCGUGACCUUCCCUCCGUUGUUUGUAAAUAAAGGAGACGAAGAAGAAGAAGAAGAAGAAGCUUAAGGACGCAAAAACUCGUUGACACAGCAAAGACAACGUCAGGAACUGUGAUGCAAGGAAAGGAGGGGAGCACAGGGGAGAGAAGAGGCAUAAAGGAAGCCACAGACAAGAUAAAACGCUCAAAAAACAGACUUAAGCUAACCCAGAACUGAAAAGGAAACAAGGUGAUCUUCGCCUCAGCCUAGACAAAGGGUGUGGAAUGGCAGAGGGAAUAAGUAUGAUGACCACAAAGAUGAACUGUGAGAAGACAAGUAGAGAACCCGGUGUGAAGGUCGUGUUCCAGCUUCCAGGUGCAUUCUGCCGUAGCCCGAUCAUCCGGUGCAGUGGCGGCAGAAUAAAUGGAAGAGGAAGAGAUGGAGGAGGAGGAAGAUGUGAGCGUCCCCAAAUCAAACGUGCAGUCCGAGAGUGGAAGACAGAAAUUGCUCAAAAAGCACACACAAAGAAGCGGAAGACAGAAGAAGCAAUUGCAAAGAGUGUGAGCGAAAGAGAGAGAGUGUCAGAGUGCUCAGUUGACAGUGGUGGUGAUGAUAAGUUGGAGAAUAGUAGAGAGAAAGUGAGAGCCAGCGGUGACAGUAGUGGUGUUCAUGGUGGAAGUGGUGGUGACAUAAUGGAGAACAGGAGGGAGAGAGUGAGUAGCAGUGGAGUUGGUGGUGAUAUAGAUGAUGAUGACAUAGCUGGUGUUGAUGGUGAAAGCGAUGGUAUUAGCACUGGUAACAGUGGUAGUUGUAAUUUUAGUAGUGGUGGUGAUGAUGAUGAUGGUAGUAAAUUUAACCUUUCUGCUCCUUCCACAGCCCAACACAGCAAUCUGAACACAGCAGAACAGAUCACAGCACCUAACCUUUCCCAGCUUGCCACAGCCCAGAACGGCAGUCAGUUCAGCAUCUCUCCUCUUAACACAGCCCAACACAGCAAUCAAUUUACCCUUUCUUCCCUUUCCACAGCAGAACAGAACACAGCACCUAACCUCUCCCAGCUUGCCACAGCCCAAAACAGCAAUCAAUUCAGUAUUUCUCCUCUUAACACAGCCCAACACAGCACUCUGAACACAGCACCUAACAUUUCCCAGCUUGCCACAGCCCAAAAGAGCAAUCAAUUCAGUAUUUCUCCUCUUAACACAGCACAACAUAGCACUCUGAACACAGCACCUAACCUUUCCCAGCUUGCCACAGCCCAAAACAGCAAUCAAUUCAGUAUUUCUCCUCUUAUCACAGCACAACACAGCACUCUGAACACAGCACCUAACCUUUCCCAGCUUGCCACAGGCCAAAACAGCAAUCAAUUCAGUAUUUCUCCUCUUAACACAGCACAACACAGCACUCUGAACACAACACCUAACCUUUCCCAGCUUGCCACAGCCCAAAACAGCAAUCAAUUCAGUAUUUCUCCUCUUAACACAGCACAACACAGCACUCUAAAGACAGCACAUAACCUCUCCCAGCUUGCCACAGCCCAAAACAGCAGUCAGUUCACCAUCUCUCCUCUUAACACAGCCAAGAACAGUACUCAGUUUAGCCUCUUCCAGCCAGCCACUACACAGCCAACCAAAGACACAAACACAUGCACAGACCAAUCCCUUUCUCGCAUCACCAACACACAGCUAAACAUCGCCCCUAACUCCACUGCAUCACCACUCAUUACCACCACUACUGUAACCACUUCUCCUUCCUUCUCUCCUCCCCUCUCUACUCUCUCAGAUACUCCCACAUCAGCCUCCCCCAGCCUUUCAUCCUUAGCUGCUCUCCACCUAAAUGCAACAAAUGUAAUAAGUCCAAACACAAAUGUACAAACAAAUGUAAGUGUAUCACCUGCCCUCUCCCUCUCCAUCCCUCCACUCACCAUUCCCCAUUCACAAACACAGACAAAUGCAAACACAAAUAUAGCAGUACCGCCUCUCUCUUUUUCUAUCCCUCCACUCUCCAUACCACACACACAAAUAAACACACACACAAACUCCAAGACAAACAUACCUGUACCCCCUUUUUCCCUUUCCAUCCCUCCACUCACCAUUCCACACACACAACAAACACAGACAAAUGCAAAGGAGGAAGAGGAGGAGGGGGAGUUGGAAGGCCUACUUGAAGGAAUGGAAUGGAACUCAAAUGCUGAAAUAGAUUUAAAAACAGCCCUUUUAACUGAGAAAGCAAAGAAAUUUGAAACAACAGAACCAAACACCAGUAACCACCAGUUUUUACCACCACCACCUGUCAUCGAGUGCACACACAUGCACACACACACACAAAUUGAUGCUGCACUCCUGAAAGACACACCAUCACCCUUUGGAGCUGUUGUGGCUGAAUUUCUGCCCGGUAGACAAACGGAACGGUGCCCGGUAGAAUAUGUCAUCCAGGUGCCGUUUGCUGUCUUCCAGUUUGACACACCCUCGCCGGAUGAAGCUGUCGAGAUGGCAAAGAAUGAUCCGAGCAAUCCAUCUCGGUACAAGUUGAUUACAGUUGACCGGAUGACUAAGCGUUAGAUUAGAUGGGUUAAUGAUAGAUCAGACUUGUUUGUAGUAUAGAUAAAUUUUAUGCUUAAGUGGAUGAAGUUAUUGUUGCAAGAAUGGAUAUACAUAUAGUUGAACAGUUGAGGGUAUGGUUGAAUACUGAGUCUAUUGAAAGCAUGGGUGUAUGGUUGAAAGAGGCAAUAGAAUGAGUAAGUGACAAUAGAAGUAGAGUGGAUAUUAGAGACAAAGGAAAGUAAAAACAUGUACAAGAAAAUUCAUAUCCGUCCCUGCAUAGAGUAUUACUUUGUGUAUUACAUUCUCCAGGCCAGGAUGCACCUGUAGUACAUCCCCACCUGUCAGAUUUUUUUUUUUUUUUUUUUUUUUUUUUUUGUGAGAGAGAAAGAGAGAGAGAGAGUACCUAUCUAACUGUUUGUACCUGAAAAUCUAUCACAAUGGAAUUUUUAUUAUAAAUGAAAAUAAAAAUCUUUUCACUUUAUUUUAGAUUUCUAAUGGUUGAAAAAAGUAUAAAUGAAUACUACUGCUGUGUGAAUGUUGUGAUGAAAGUUUAGAUAAAGUUUUCCUAUUGA